AUGGCGGGCCGCGGCGGUGGAAACCGGAACAAGGUGCUGUUGCCUCCAAUCAACUUCAUUUUCAAGCUCCUUCAGACGCGCGCAACCGUUCAGAUCUGGCUCUUCGAGCAGAUCGGAAUGCGCAUUGAGGGAAAGAUCCGCGGUUUCGACGAGUUCAUGAACCUCGUCAUCGACGACGCCAUCGAGGUCAAGCUCGCCACGAGGGAGGCCGCAGAAGCGCGUCGCUCGCUCGGCCAAAUCCUCCUCAAAGGUGACAACGUCUCUCUCAUCCAGAGUGUCGAGGCUUGA